AUCCGUUUGACUUUUUGACGAUUUGACGUUGCUUGUUUGGUUAUUGGUUAUUGUCAAUUAUUAUUCCUUUCGUUUUAAACGAAGUGUUAAUAUGAAAGUAAGUAAUUUACACGUUUUGUGAGGAAAUUGUUGAGAUUAUCUCUCGACUUAUUAAUAAAUCACUAUGGAGGCUCCGUCAAUGGACACUGUUUACCAGGCUAUCAGUGCUUUAUACGAUAACCCCAAUGCAAAUGAAAAGGAAAAGGCAUCUCUUUGGCUUGGAGACGUCCAGAAAUCUAUACACUCUUGGAAAAUAUCGGAUCAACUUUUACAAGAAAAAAAAGAUGAACAAUCCUACUAUUUCGCUGCACAGACCAUGAGAUCAAAAGUACAACAUAACCUCUCUGAGCUGCCAUCUGAGUCUUUGGUUUCUCUUCGAGAUUCUUUAAUCGCCCACCUGGAAAAUGCAGCAGCUGGUACAAGUAAUGCUAUACUUACACAACUGUCACUAGCUCUGGCGGACCUGGCCCUACAAAUGCAAACUUGGCAAAAUUGUGUUAGCGACCUCAUUAAAUUGUUUUCAACAAAAAAUGAAUUUGCAUUACUAGAAAUAUUGACUGUAUUGCCUCAAGAAAUUGACUCUCCGAAUUUGAAAUUAGGUGAAAAUCGUAGAGAAGAGAUAAAAAAUGAACUAAGAGCUAAUUCUAAUUUAGUUUGCUUAUUUUUAAAGGAGAGCAUAGCAAACUCUCAGAACUCCCAGAUAUCAUUAAAAAUAGUUAAAUGCAUGACAUCAUGGAUACAGGUCAGAGCUGUUAAUAUAGAUGAGGUGCCACAGAAUGCGGUGAUAGGCUUUUGUUUGCAAGUUCUGAGAGAUCAUAACUCAAUAAACUUGCUACAUGAUGCAGCAUCUGAUUGCAUAUGUGCUCUAUUGCAUUGCUUAGAGGAAAACAACAAUAAUGAGGACAUAGAAAGGCUGUUAUUUGAUAGUAUAGCAUCUUUAGAAGAUAGUUAUCACAUGGCAGUUGCCCAUGAGGAGGAAGAGAAAGCAGUUAACUAUGCUAAAGUGUUCACAGAGUUGGCAGAGACAUUUUUAGAGAAGAUAGUAUUUUGUACAGCGAGUGGACGAGUUCAUUUUGCAAUGAGGUCACUAGAAUUAGCGCUUGUCUGUGUUGGUCAUCAUGAUUAUGAGGUAGCAGAAAUAACAUUUAAUUUGUGGUAUCGACUGUCAGAGGAAGUGUAUCAGAGAGAUCAGGAGCCUCUGACGGAUGCAUUCAGGCCACAUAUUGAGAGGCUCAUCGAAGCGUUGGCCCGUCAUUGCCAACUUGAGCCUGACAACACUAAACUACCUGAUGAGGGUGAUGAGUUCUAUGAGUUCCGCAUGAAGGUGAUGGAGCUGAUCAAGGACGUGGUGUUCAUGGUGGGGUCGAGCGCGGUGUUCCGGCAGAUGUUCGCGGCGCUGCAGGCCGACUGCUCCUGGGAGCACACCGAGGCCGCGCUCUUCAUCAUGCAGGCCGUCGCCAAGAAUAUAGUGCCGGAUGAAGAGGAGUAUGUACCGAAGGUGGUGGAGGCGAUCCUGUCGAUGCCGGUGGAGAGCCACGUGGCAGUGCGGCGCACCUGCAUCCUGCUGCUGGGCGAGCUGUGCGAGUGGGUGGAGCGCCACCCCGCCUGCCUGCAGCCCUGUCUGCACGCGCUGCUGCACGCGCUGCACCACCCCAGCCUCGCGCCCGCCGCAGCGCAAGCUUUGCAGAGUAUUUGCAAGGCGUGCCGCACGCAGGCGUCCGCGCACGUGGACACGCUGGUGGCGGCGGCGCGCACCGCGGACACCGCGUCGCAGCCGCUGGCGGGCGCGGCGGGCGCCACACUGCUGCGCGCGCUGGCCGCGGCGCUGGGCGCGCUGCCGGCCCCGCAGCUGGCGGCCGCGAUGCGGGACGCCGCCGAGGCGCAGCUGCGGGAGCUGCGCGCGCUGCUGGCCGCCGACGGGGAGAUCAAGAAGGGCACGAGGUCGGACCCCGUGCUGUGGCUGGACCGGCUGGCGGCGCUGUUCCGCGACGUGGACGUGCCGCCCGCGGCCGUCAGCUCGCAGGACGCGCACCCCUGUCUGCCCGCGCUCACCGACUCCUGGCCCGUCUUGUACGACGUUAUGAAAAAAUGGGUGUCGCACACUCGUGUGGUGGAGCGCGCGUGUCGCUGUCUGCGGUUCGGUGUGCGGUGUGUGGGUGCGGGAUGUGUGACCCUGCUGCCGGCGCUGUGCGGCGCGCUGCCGGCGCUCUACGACGCACACCCGCACGGCUGCGUGCUGUACGUGUGCGGCGUGCUGUGCGACGUGACCGCACGCCGGCCGCACGCCGCACAGCCGCUGCUGCAGCUGCUGCACGCGCUGCUGCCGCCCGCACUCGCAUUGCUGCAGGCGCACAACGGCCUGCAGGACAACCCCGACACCGUCGACGACCUCUUCAGGCUCUGCAUCAGGUACCUGCAACACAUCCCGGUGGCGUUCCUCUCGUCCGGCGCGGCUCCGUCGGUGCUGCAGUGCGCGGCGCUGGCCUCGAGGCUCGACCACCGCGAAGCCAACUCCUCCGUCAUGAAGUUCCUCGGUGAUCUGCUGCGCUGCGCCAACGACAUCCCCGCGGACGCCACGCCCGAGAAGCAACAGAUCAAGAGUCUGGCAGACUCGGCGCUGUCGCAGUACGGGGAGCAGCUGACGUGCGCGCUGGUGGAGGCGGCGGCGCUACACCUGCACGCCUACAUGCUGGGGGAGGUGGGCGAGGUGGUGGUGGAGCUGGUGCGGUGGGCGCGCGCCCACGGCGCAGACUGGCUGCGGCCCGCGCUGGCCCGCCUGCCGCGAGACACGGAGCGCACCGCCGCACCCACAGACAACCAGUGCUGGCAGUUCCACCAGUACGCACUCAGAGCUGAAAAGUGCAAGGAAAUGACGAGACUAUUGAGAGACUUUGCCCGACUAUAUCGAUAAACAUUACUAUGCCACUAUAUGUUAUAUAUAAAUGGGUAUAUAUUAUAUCUUGAAGCAAAAAUCACAGCAUGCUCUUUAACAGACAAGUAUUGUAGAUGAAAUAAUACAAUACCAAUUAUCGUAAAGAUAUAUGAAAAUUUUCUUUUCUGUAAUAAAAAUUUUUGUAACCCACAUUUUUGAAUGAGAAAUGUAGGAAAAUUAGUGUUUAUUUUUACUAAUGGCAUCAUCAUGGUA